CAAACGUAAAAAGUGAAGAAAAAUGGCGACCUAGGGGUGGUGGAGCGACCGAGAGGGAUGUUUUAUCAUAUUUUAAACAUACUCGGGAGUUUACCCGUUUAUUAAACAAAAGCUUGACAUUUACCAUACGUUAUGGAGGAACCUUGGGAUUUCGAGUUUCUGUCUCGUAUCGCUGACAGCUGCUUAUCAUUUCUGUCGGAAUUCGUGGAGGACUGGCUCGCCAACGACAUGAGAGUGUCCAUAUUUAAAAUCCUUCUUAGCUGGUUGAUUUUUAGUCUUGUAGCAAUUCACUUCGCUUGGAAGGUUUAUGGGAACACUGUGAAUGACAUGUAUUACAGACAAGGUAGUGGACAAAACGGAGGCACACCUGACACAACACCUGGACUAGGACGAUGGGGGAGCGCAGCGGGAGAACCGUUCAAGACUCAUAGAGAUUAACAGGACCGUUUUAUGAAACUAAGAAGUCCCAGGGACAGUGAAUGCACCUUCAGAAAUCAGGGUCAUCAAGUCCUCACUGGCAAGCACUUGUAAAUACACAAUUUAUUUAAACCCUUGUGUCUCUGAUCAUUUAACGGUGUCGUUUAAGUCUCUAACAUGUUUAAAAGCACAAAACCCAAUGUUUGUCGUCUGCAGAGUCUGGUGCUUUAUAUAGUGGAGCGUAAACUCAGCCAACGUCGGACACAAACGAUCUUUAUUCACAUUACCCAUUGGGUGAUCGACAGUUAGCUGUACAACCACUUUCAAACUGAUGCUCUCCAAUGAAAAGCUCUAUCUCCAUUUUUUUUUUCUUCCAACAACCCUGCCCAGUUCACCCAAAUAAAAACCAUUUUAAUAAAUGUUAUUUUUUUCCCCCUUCGUCCAAAAAGGACAAAAAUUUAUUUUAUUUGUUAAAUCACAGCCAUAUUUUGAGAUGGAAUCCAACCCCCAAACACAAAUUAAAUGUGUUUUUUAAUCAAACAAAAAUAUAUAUAUUUUUGAUAUAUAUGACAAAAAACAUUAAACACAUGUAUCUCCAAGUUUGUUUUUUUUCCAAAAUAACA